GUGCCUCGCGGGCUCCCUCCCAGUCCCACACCUCCUCGGGCCGCUGCCCCGGCCCCCCCAUCCCGGGCCGAGUGCCCCCCCAACUAGCCCGGCCGCGGGCUCAGAGCGCGAUCGGCAACAAUGUUUACGUUCCGGGGAUUAUGACGUCGACGCCUCCCCCCCCCCACAACUGCUGAAAAUGGUUUCCUAGGACUUUGCAAACGGAUCUGCCUAAGUGUUGGUGCAAAACUUUGUAGAUCUCGGCUCUGGCUUGCUUUAUUUAUUUAUUUUUUGGUUUGUUUUCUUUGGUCUUCCCUCCUUCCCCCCUCCGCCAAAAUGCAGGGGGCAGGAGUGUUGACAAUUAAUUGGUGAACUCUCCUAAAAAAAUGGAGGCAGAGAAAGACUCUGGAAGAAGAUUGCGCCCGAUUGAUCGCCAGAGAUACGACGAGAACGAAGACUUGUCGGACGUGGAGGAGAUUGUCAGCGUCCGCGGAUUCAGCCUGGAAGAGAAGCUGCGCAGCCAGCUGUACCAGGGGGACUUCGUGCACGCCAUGGAGGGCAAAGAUUUCAACUAUGAGUACGUACAGAGAGAAGCUCUCAGGGUUCCCCUGAUAUUUCGAGAAAAGGACGGACUAGGAAUUAAGAUGCCUGAUCCUGAUUUCACAGUCCGAGAUGUCAAACUCCUAGUGGGGAGCCGGCGGCUGGUAGAUGUGAUGGACGUGAACACCCAGAAAGGCACAGAGAUGAGCAUGUCCCAAUUCGUGCGCUACUAUGAGACGCCUGAGGCACAGCGGGACAAACUGUACAACGUCAUCAGCCUGGAGUUCAGCCACACCAAGCUGGAGCACCUGGUCAAGCGCCCCACUGUAGUGGACCUGGUGGACUGGGUGGACAAUAUGUGGCCCCAGCACCUGAAGGAGAAGCAGACGGAAGCCACCAACGCCAUCGCAGAGAUGAAGUACCCGAAAGUAAAGAAGUAUUGUCUGAUGAGCGUGAAGGGCUGUUUCACUGAUUUCCACAUCGACUUUGGAGGCACUUCUGUGUGGUACCAUGUUUUCCGGGGUGGGAAGAUCUUUUGGCUGAUCCCACCAACCCUGCACAACUUGGCGCUGUAUGAGGAGUGGGUGCUGUCAGGCAAACAGAGCGACAUCUUCCUGGGAGACCGUGUGGAACGAUGCCAAAGAAUUGAGCUGAAGCAGGGCUACACGUUUUUCAUCCCUUCCGGUUGGAUCCACGCAGUCUACACCCCCGUAGACUCCCUGGUGUUCGGUGGGAACAUCCUGCAUAGCUUCAACGUGCCCAUGCAGCUGCGGAUCUACGAGAUCGAGGACAGAACCCGGGUGCAGCCCAAGUUCCGUUACCCCUUCUACUAUGAGAUGUGCUGGUAUGUGUUGGAGAGAUAUGUGUACUGUGUGACUCAGCGCUCCUACCUCACUCAGGAAUACCAGAGAGAGUCCAUGCUCGUUGAUGCCCCAAGAAAGGCCAGCAUAGACGGCUUCUCAUCUGAUUCCUGGUUGGACAUGGAGGAAGAGUCCUGUGAGCAGCAGCCCCAGGAGGAGGAGAAGGAGGAGGAGGGGGAUGGGGCAGAUAAGGUGCCCAAGCUGCCAGCGGAUGGCCCUGCCUCCCCCACCAGCACCCCCUCCGAGGAGCAGGAGAACCUUGGCAAGAAGCCUAAAGCACCUGCCAUGCAGUUCCUCAAAAGGACCUUGUCCAAUGAGUCAGAGGACAGCGUGAAGUCUACCACGAUGCCCAUAGACUACCCCAAGACACCCAGCGGCUCUCCUGCCACCGAGGUCUCCACCAAAUGGACCCACCUCACUGAAUUUGAACUGAAGGGCCUGAAAGCCCUGGUGGAGAAACUUGAGUCCCUCCCAGAGAACAAGAAGUGUGUCCCCGAGGGCAUCGAGGACCCCCAGGCCCUCCUGGAGGGCGUGAAGAAUGUCCUGAAGGAACAUGCAGAUGACGACCCUAAUCUGGCCAUCACUGGUGUCCCUGUAGUCAGUUGGCCAAAGAAGACUCCAAAGAACCGGGCGGUGGGUCGGCCCAAGGGCAAGCUGGGCCCAGCCUCCGCGGUGAAAUUGGCCGCCAACAGGACCACAGCAGGAGCUCGCAGGCGCCGGACGCGAUGCCGCAAGUGCGAGGCCUGCCUGCGGACCGAGUGCGGAGAGUGCCACUUCUGCAAGGACAUGAAGAAGUUCGGGGGCCCAGGGCGGAUGAAGCAGAGCUGCAUCAUGCGGCAGUGCAUCGCGCCAGUGCUGCCCCACACUGCUGUGUGUCUUGUGUGUGGCGAGGCGGGGAAGGAGGACACAGUGGAAGAGGAAGAGAGCAAGUUUAACCUCAUGCUCAUGGAGUGCUCCAUCUGCAAUGAGAUCAUCCACCCUGGAUGCCUUAAGAUUAAGGAGUCAGAGGGUGUGGUCAACGACGAACUUCCAAACUGCUGGGAGUGUCCCAAGUGUAACCAUGCCGGCAAGACCGGGAAAGCCUACAAGCAAAAGCGUGGCCCUGGCUUUAAAUAUGCCUCCAACCUGCCUGGCUCGCUGCUCAAGGAGCAGAAGAUGAACCGGGACAACAAGGAAGGACCAGAGCCUGUCAAGCGGAGGAGUGAGUGUGAAGAGGCUCCCCGGCGUAGGUCAGACGAGCACCCCAAGAAAGUGCCCCCUGAUGGCAUCCUGCGCCGAAAAUCUGAUGAUGUACACCUAAGGAGGAAGAGGAAAUAUGAGAAGCCCCAAGAGCUGAGUGGACGCAAACGAGCCUCGACGCUUCAAACGUCCCCCGGUUCCUCCUCUCACCUCUCGCCGAGGCCCCCUCUAGGCAGCAGCCUCAGCCCUUGGUGGAGAUCCAGUCUCACUUACUUCCAGCAGCAGCUAAAACCUGGCAAAGAAGAUAAACUUUUCAGGAAAAAGCGGAGAUCCUGGAAAAACUCAGAAGACCGGAUGGCCAAUAAGCCCCUCCGGCGCUUCAAGCAGGAACCAGAGGAUGAUCUGCCUGAGGCGCCCCCCAAGACCAGGGAGAGUGACCACUCACGCUCCAGCUCGCCCACGGCUGGGCCUAGCAAUGAGGGGGCUGAGGGUCCAGAGGAGAAGAAAAAGGUGAAGAUGCGCCGGAAACGGCGGCUUCCCAACAAGGAGCUGAGCAAGGAGCUGAGCAAGGAGCUCAACCAUGAGAUCCAAAAGACAGAGAGCAGCCUGGCCCAUGAGAACCACCAGCCCAUCAAGUCAGAACCUGAGAGUGAGAACGAGGAACCCAAGCGGCCCCUGGGCCUCUGUGAGCGCCCCCACCGCUUCAGCAAGGGGCUCAAUGGCACCCCACGGGAAUUGAGGCACCCAUUGGGGCCCAGCCUGCGCAGCCCACCCCGAGUCAUCUCCCGGCCCCCACCCUCCGUGUCCCCUCCCAAGUGCAUCCAGAUGGAGCGCCACGUGAUCCGGCCACCCCCUAUCAGCCCCCCACCCGACUCGCUGCCCCUGGAUGAUGGGGCAGCCCAUGUCAUGCACAGGGAGGUGUGGAUGGCCGUCUUCAGCUACCUCAGCCACCAAGACCUGUGUGUCUGCAUGCGGGUCUGCAGGACCUGGAACCGCUGGUGCUGCGAUAAGCGGUUAUGGACCCGCAUCGACUUGAACCACUGCAAGUCCAUCACGCCCCUGAUGCUGAGCGGCAUCAUCCGGCGACAGCCUGUCUCCCUCGACCUCAGCUGGACCAAUAUCUCCAAGAAGCAGCUGAGCUGGCUCAUCAACCGGUUGCCUGGGCUCCGAGACUUGGUGCUGUCGGGCUGCUCGUGGAUCGCAGUCUCAGCCCUCUGUAGCUCCAGUUGUCCAUUGCUCCGGACUCUGGAUGUCCAGUGGGUAGAAGGACUAAAGGAUGCCCAGAUGCGGGAUCUCCUGUCUCCACCUACAGAUAACAGGCCAGGUCAGAUGGACAAUCGGAGUAAGCUCCGGAACAUCGUGGAGCUGCGCCUGGCAGGGCUGGACAUCACAGAUGUCUCCCUGCGGCUCAUCAUCCGCCACAUGCCCCUGCUCUCCAAACUCCACCUUAGUUAUUGUAACCACGUCACCGACCAGUCCAUCAACUUGCUUACCGCUGUUGGCACCACCACCCGAGACUCUCUAACCGAGAUCAACCUGUCAGACUGCCAUAAGGUCACUGAUCAGUGCCUGUCCUUCUUCAAACGCUGUGGAAAUAUCUGUCAUAUUGACCUGAGGUACUGCAAGCAAGUCACCAAGGAAGGCUGUGAGCAGUUCAUAGCUGAAAUGUCUGUGAGUGUCCAGUUUGGGCAAGUGGAAGAAAAACUCCUGCAAAAACUGAGUUAGUCCAAGGACAAGUAUGUAAAUAUGGGGUAGGUGGGGGUGGGCGCAGCCAGGGAGGGGAAAGACUUCACAAAACACGAGGGCUUUUAUUUCUCAUGGAACUUGGAACAACAGACCAUAGAAUGAUUCCAUUUUGCAAGUCUUGCCAAGGGAGAAGCCACCCAUUUGGGGAUGUGUGAGCCAGACUCUUCCCUCUGGUCUUUCUGCGUUGUAACUGCACUGCUUUCUGGACCACAGUUAAGCGGCCUUUACAAGAAGACAUUCCCGUUGCAGGAAGAUGGGCUUUGGAGGAAUUUUCUUUGAAGCAUGAGCUUUAGGGGUUCUCCCUACCCCACCCCCUGUGGUGUUUUUGUUUUGGACACCUUGUUCCUUGAAAUGCUGAGGUUUUUGGUGUCAAUAUAAAGUGGACCACACACCACAUCUGCUGCCGUCUUGACACAUUUUGUUUGGUUGGUUUUGUUACAUCUUACAUUAUGCAGAACUAUUUUUGUACAAAUUGUUUAAAAGUUAUUUAUGCAAGGUUUGAAUGCAUACCAGUGUUUUUAUUGUUUCGAGAUUGCCAACUUUCCUGGUUUCCUUCAGGUAGGAGAGAACUUAACCUGUACUUCAUCAACACAAAGAACUCAUCUACAAAUGUGCCCAGAUCUGACAGAGUGGGCCAAGACCUUCCACUUAAAAGCAUGUUUAACUGGAAGUGGAGCCUGCUUGGUAUGUCAAGAAGUUACAAGAGCAUGAUGUGGACAGAUGUAAAUUACAGUCGAAGUAAGACACUCUGCCCAGUUUCCUCUGUAGAGAAUUCACCUUUUCCUGAAAUUUUACAAAUCAGACUUCAGCCUUUGCACUCAGGAGGGUUUUGCUCCAGCAUGAGCUCUUGUACUCUACAUAGAUCUAAUUUAUACCGUGAGACAAGAAGUAGAAUAAAUGCGCCCACACAG